AUGAGGGAUCAAGAUCAGCAAACCAGGGUAUUAUACGAUCUAUGCACCAUGAUUAUUCAAAUUUUCCGAUCGCCGCCGCUUUCGAUAUCUUUUCCCAGCCUUUCUCUUGUAUUACCGGCGCCGACACCGUUGUAUUCUUGCUCACGACCACUGGCGCCUCAGGUUUCAUCGGCUGCUUUCGGGGCUUUGUUUCUUGGGAUUUCGUUCGCUUUGAUGCUAUUCGGAACCGUGACUUUCAUGAUCGGGUUCGUAUUGAUGCCUCUGGUCAUAACUCUGGUUUUUCUAUUCUAUUUUGUGGGGAUGCUUUUAAAUUUUUCUGAAUUUGGUCGCGCCAUCCUCUGGCCUGCCUCUGUUGCCGUUAAGUUUGCUCCAGAGCCUGCAGUCUUUGAUGAUGAGAGAUAG